AUGGCCAAUGACAGACCCUUCUCAGACAACAGCAACCAGAUGACGAACUCGAUCAAUGAAACCAACGAUUUUCGGACUGGAUUUUUGGCUACUUCAGACCAAAGUUGUCAUCCUCCGGCAGGUUUGGUUCUCCAAGAACAAAUAAAGAAAUUGAAUCUAGCAUUGACUACACAAAAGCUUAAGAGUCAUAUGAUGGAAAUGAUGCAAAAUCAGUUAAUUGCAUCUUCUAAGGGGGAUAAUAAGCCACAAAUUCCUCAAAUCACAGCUGGACCAACAAGACAUCAAUUUCACUCUUCUUCAUCUAAAGAAAAGAAAAUUAAAGAAGAUGAUCAGGAUGAUUCCCAGGAUCCAAUGGAUUUUAAUGACAAUGAGGACAUGGAAAUGCAUCUUGGAGCAUUCCAUAAUUUAGAAGGCUUGGACUUUGAAAUAAUUGUUAAAAUAGGGGUGAGCUCGGAGCCCAAAGUUUCAACAAAAGAAUUCAAAAUUGGAGUAGCCUCUGGUAUUGCUCCAAAGCCCAAGGCUUCCCCAGGAUUGGGGUUUAGGACCAAAUCAAUGAAAUUGGUUGCAACCCUUCCUCUUCCCAUUCCUUUUCUUCUGGGGCUUCUUAGGGGAUUAGAUGAUGGUGCUUCCAAAGCUCGAGCAGCUCUGCACCCUUUAAGUAGUUGA